CAACAACACCAAAACCAAGUAAAGAUGGCUCCAAAAGGUAAAAAAGUUGCUCCAGCUCCAUUAGCUGCCAAAUCCACCAAGGCUUCUACCCCAAAAAAUGCCUUGAUUGACUCCACUCCAAAGAACUUUGGUAUUGGUCAAAACAUCCAACCAAAAAGAAACUUAAACAGAUUUGUUAGAUGGCCAGAAUACGUUAGAUUACAAAGACAAAAGAAAAUCUUGUCUUUAAGAUUGAAAGUUCCUCCAGCUAUUGCCCAAUUCCAAAACGUUUUGGACAAAAACACUGCUGCUCAAACUUUCAAAUUAUUCAACAAAUACAAGCCAGAAACUGCUGCUGAAAAGAAAGAAAGAUUAACUAAAGAAGCUGCUGCUGUUGCUGAAGGUAAAAACGCCAAAGACGUUUCUCCAAAACCAGUUAAUGUUAAAUAUGGUUUAAACCAUGUUGUUUCUUUAAUUGAAAACAAAAAACCAAAAUUAGUUUUAAUUGCUAAUGAUGUUGAUCCAAUUGAAUUAGUUAUCUUCUUACCAGCUUUAUGUAGAAAAAUGGGUGUUCCAUACGCCAUUGUUAAAGGUAAAGCCAGAUUAGGUACUUUAGUUCACAAGAAAACUUCUUCUGUUGCUGCUUUAACUGAAGUUUCUUCUGCUGAUGAAGCUGAAUUAGCUAAAUUAGUUUCUACCAUCAAUGCUAACUUCAUUGAAAAAUACGAAGACUCUAGAAGACACUGGGGUGGUGGUAUCAUGGGUUCUAAAGCCAAUGAUAAAAAAGCUAAAAAACAAAAAUUAUUAGAACAACCAUCUAACGAAGCUAAAUAAAUUUAAUGCCAUUUGAAUUAUUUACUUCUUAU